AUGGAGAAGGAGAAAGCGCGGCCUCUCUUCCGGAAGGAGCAUUUCUACGACACCCUCUCUGCGCUGGACGAAGACGAAGACGAUCAACCGCCAGAUGAAGGCCGUCUUGCCUCACAAAAGCUGCUGACAGACUGCCGCUCUGCGCCCGUCGCGUCUCGCUUACCCGCGCAGCCUCCUCGCGUCUUUCGCUCAUUCGCCGGCGCGCCAACCACUCGCCCACCGCUCGGGAGGACCCUUUCCGCACCCUCGCCAAACCCUGCCUCAGCCCACGUGCCGGAAAACCUCCCGGAUACUACCUAUUCACCGCCGAGGGUCGCAUCGUCCCCAGUCCGGUCUUCCAAGGGAGACACCAUGUCCAGCCCGAAGCAAAACCUCACUCUGGCCCAGCUCAAGCGGAUACCUCGCGCUCCUGGCAAGGGCAAGAAGGAAGCCAAGAUUAAGCUCGCGCCUGAAAACCGCCGCAUCUUCAAAGACCUGGUGUUCUAUUUCUUUCCGAGCAAUGACAUCAACGGCGCCCGCCGCAUGAGGAUCGCGAAGGCAAUCGAGUACGGCGCCACUUGGGUAGUCGACUGGUGCGACCACAUCACCCAUAUCAUCGUGGAUAAGGAUCUCACCUUCGAAGAUGUGAGGACUCACCUCCCCCAUGCUCUGUCUCAGAACCUCAUCAUCGUCAACGAGACCUAUCCGUCAGAUUGCCUCAUCUGGCGCUCUAUCCUGGAUCCUAAGCUGCCUCAGUUCCUUUUGAAGGGACAAGAAGAGCUUCAUCAGAAGACCGCAGAAGACGAGAUCCAUUUGCCUGCUUCGCAACCGUCGCAACCUGCAGAUAAAAAUGUCCCUGUAGCUGAGCCAGCAACGCCUCUGAGGUCAGAGAAGAUUGACAACGAACAGCCUCCCUCAAGCCAAGAUUUUCAGACACACAACAAAGCAGGCUCGGCUGGGGACAGUAAUGGAGUAGAACUAUAUAACGAUGCAUUGGAGGAAAUCAUUAUAGGUGCCAAGAACACCGACUACCUCCCUUUAGAGCUGGAAGAUGAGGACUCCCAGGGGCAAGCAAGCGCAAGUUCCGAUUCUGAUACCGAGGAUGAGAGGCCCAGAAAGAUGGCAAAGACCAGCCUUGACCAGCACGCCGGGUCGUCAGAACAGUUUCAGUGUAUGAAGAAGAACGACGGAAAGACUUCCGAAACCAAUCCGAACUCCCGCACGAUAGAGGUCCUGACAGAGAUGGGCAACUACUACGAGCAGACGAAGGAUGAGUGGCGCUCGCGCGCCUACCGCAAGGCCAUAUCAGUCCUACGCAAGCAAACCGUGAAGAUCAUCACAAAGGAGGAAGCCAUCAAACUUCCUUGCGUCGGCCCCCGCCUCGCCGCCAAAAUCGAAGAAAUUGUCUGGACCAACCGCCUCCGCCGCCUGGACAACGCCCACCUCGAGCCAGGUGAUGAAGCUCUCCAAACUUUUCUCAAAAUUUACGGCGUCGGUCUAUCUAAAGCCAGCAAAUGGGUCAUGGCCGGCCUACGCACUCUCGAAGAUCUCACCCGCAAUAACGUCCCUCUCACAACCAACCAGAAGGUUGGCCUCGCCCACUACACGGACUUCAACACCCGCAUCCCCCGCGCCGAGGUCACCGCACACGGCGCCGUCAUCCAAGCCGCACUCACAGCCAUUGACCCCGCCGCCACAGCCACGGUCGGCGGGUCCUACCGCCGCGGCGCCUCCGACAGCGGCGACAUCGAUGUACUCAUAUCCCACCCCACCGCCGAUCUCGCCCGCCUCCAGCAGAUCGUUUUCGAGGAGCUCGUCCCAGUCCUCACGGCCGACGGCUUCCUCAAAGUUGCGCUCGCCACGCACGGCGGCAAGAAUAAGAAUAAUAACGGCACCGUCACCGACCACGGCACCAAGUGGCACGGCGCGUCAGCUCUACCCCAAUCUACCGCCACCACCGACACGGAAGGAGCACAGCUCAAGACGAAGGCCGAAGACAAGGCCCUCUGGCGCCGUAUCGACCUGCUCCUCGUCCCGGCCUCGCAGCUCGGCGCCGCCCUCAUCUACUUCACCGGCAACGACAUCUUCAACCGCAGCAUCAGGCUCCUUGCCAGCCGGAAGGGCAUGCGUCUGAAUCAGCGUGGUCUGUAUAAGGAUGUGUUGAGGGGGUGGGGCAGGGAGAAGAUCACCGAGGGGGAGCUGGUGGAGGGGAGGGAUGAGAAGAAGAUUUUCGACAUCUUGGGCGUGCCGUGGAGGCCGCCGGAGCAUCGGAUAUGUUGA